CUCUUGGUUUCCUUUCCUAUUUCCGUUAACGCUAAAACAAAAAUAAAUACCCAAAUUGAAUCUUCAGUUCCUUCAAUCCACAUCAAUGGCAGAAGACAAUCAGAUCGUUCAACUGAAACUGAAUUCAAGAAACGAUGAGGAAUUCACCGCCGUAAAUCCCAGAAUACCCCGCCGAGAAAAAACCAAUAAAUGCGUCGUAUAUUUUCUUGCAGGAACCGCAAUCUUCAGUGCUAUCUUUCUCGCUUUUGCACUCGUAGUGCGUCCUAGGACUCCUGACCUUGAGUUGAGCUUUGUUUCAGUGAAAAAUCUCGUCUAUACUAAUAACAAUGUGUCGUUCUCUUCCUUGAAUAUGACCCUAGAGGCCGAGUUGUCGAUCAGGAAUACAAAUUUCGGGUCGUUCAAGUUCGAGAAUGCAACUGCUAGUGUGUUAUAUGGAGGGCAGACAGUAGGAAAAGGGAUCAUAGGCGAGGGGCUACUCAAAGCAAGAGACAAAGAGAAUAUAAAGGUGAAGGUGGAUGUGAGAUCAUAUAGAUUUUCAGAUACUGAAAAGUUAAGCAGGGACAUAGAUUCUGGGAUUUUGAAGCUGCAAAGCCUUGCCAAGUUCAGCGGAAAAGUUCAGUGGUUGCAGAUCGUAGAGAAGUUGAAAACUGCUUCAGUAAGUUGUAGCAUGAGUCUUAAUUUGAAAAGCCACUUUCAGCUUCAGGAUUUGAUAUGCAGCUAAGGUCAAUUAGUCAUUGAUAUGCGGCUCAAAUCCUCAUCAACAUUGCAACUCUUGGUAUCAUAGCAACGAGCCAGUAAUUCCAAUAUUCUUUGUCAAUCGUCACAAGCAUCCUUUUUUAUUCUCAAUCGACUGUGUAGCUCAAAUCCUUAUCAGCAUCACAACUCUUGGACAAUAUCAUAAC